CUUUACCCCUCCCUGCCCUGCUCCCUCUCUCCCUCGCUCCGUUUUCUCUCCAUCUGUUUGACGGGGAAACAUUGGGGAGUUCCUGCGAGAUCCUUUACUUGAAGUUUCUGUGGGAUUUAAACAUGCAUGCAGAGGCUGUGGUGCAUUCCUUGUUAGUUUCACUGCUUGUGAUCCUGCUGUCUGCGGUGCAGGACACUUUCUUACAAUCUCUGAGCCAGGCGGGGGACGUGUGUAGGCUGUCUCAGGAGUCGUCCCAACGGCGCUGCCGGACCCCCGACGGCCUGAUCUGCAGCGGUCGGGGAGAGUGUGACUGCGGCGUGUGUAUCUGUCCGGUCACAGAACCAGGAAAGUUCUACGGACCGAGGUGUGAAUGCCACGACUGGCUCUGUCCCACACACGACGACAAGGUCUGCGGCGGUCAUGGCUUCUGUGACUGCGGGCAGUGCGAGUGUGAUGACGAGUGGCGCGGGGACGCCUGCCAGAUCCAGCAGGACUGCACCCUCUCCAGCCGGAGCAGCAAGGAGCUCUGCAGGAACACACAGGGGGUGGUCUGCUCCAACGCAGGCUUGUGUCAGUGCGGCAGCUGCGUUUGCCACAACCCUGACGGCCGAGGUUUGGUGAGCGGGCGCUUCUGCGAGUGUGACGACGGCGAGUGUCUGGACGAGGACACGGGGGAAGUGUGUGGAGGGCACGGCCAGUGUUACUGUGGAAACUGUUACUGCGCUGCCGGUUGGCAUGGAGACAAAUGUGAGUUCCAGUGUGACAUCAGCCCAUGGGAGAGCAAGAGGAGGUGCACGUCUCCAGAUGACAAGAUCUGCAGCAACCGUGGAACCUGUGUUUGCGGGGAGUGCACGUGCUACGAUGUGGACCCCUCGGGGGACUGGGGGGACAUCCACGGUGACACGUGUGAGUGUGACGAGAGGAGCUGUCACGCCACCUACGACCGAUAUGCCGACGACUUCUGCUCAGGUCACGGCCAGUGUAACUGUGGAAGGUGUGACUGUAAGGAGGGCUGGGCUGGCAGGAAGUGUGAGCACCCGCUGACCUGCUCCGUCUCUCUGGAGAGCAGUCUGAAGAAGUGCAAAGGAACCUCCGUCCUGCCCUGCUUUGGACGAGGGCAGUGCCAGUGUGGCCAGUGCACCUGCCACCCGCCAGGAGACAGCCGAGUUCACGGGAAGAACUGUGAAUGUGACGACCGCCAGUGUGAGGACAUCAACGGGGAUGUGUGUGGAGGUCAUGGCUUCUGCUCAUGUGGCAGAUGUAUCUGCAGCGACGGCUGGUUUGGGAAGCUCUGUCAGUUCCCCCGCACCUGCGAUAUGACAGACGCCCAGAGCAAGGAGCUUUGUGAAACUGCAGAUGGCGUCAUGUGCAACGGGAAAGGAUCCUGUCACUGUGGACGGUGCAUCUGCUCUCCACAGGACUGGUGGGUGUCUGGGGACUUCUGCGAGUGUGAUGACAGAGAGUGUGACAAGCAUGAUGGCCUCAUCUGCACAGGGAAUGGAGUCUGCAACUGCGGAAACUGUGACUGCUGGGACGGCUGGACAGGCAACGCAUGCGAGAUCUGGGUAGGGGCCGAGUACUGACACAGGGGACUGUCGCAAACACAGACUGUGCUGCCUGAGAAAAAGAGACCAAGAAAGGAUGCUGGCCCUCCUUGGGUAGGAGAGGAUGGAGGGAACGAUGAAGUGGAGAAGAAAAGAGAAGCUUAAGCCAAAAAUGGGAUGUAAUUCUUCAUUCAGAUAUCUGCAUAUCACUUUGUAUAACAGCAUUCAUUGUACUGGUUACAAAUUAUCGUCAUUAAAACUGUGAUUUUUAUGCAAGAAAAACAACUGUGGAAGCCAAAAAGCUGUUUUUCUGUUUAAAACACAUUACAAUGUAACCCUUUAUAUGUUUCCAAUACAACUAUAUGUAUGAGAAUGUGUUUAUAUAGGAAUGCGUACAUAUUCCAGAAAGCUACAUAUUAUAAGAUGCAGGUACAUUAAAAUAAUCCAAACGUUAAAAUAAAAAGGAAAAUGUUUUAUUAUUAAUACAAUUGUUCUAACUGUGGUUUGUGUGGAUGGUAAUGUUUUGGAGUUUUCUGGCCAUCUGUGUAUUUUUAGCUAAAAGUGCGCCACCACAAACUGGACUCAAGGUACACCCUGCUCGCAAGUCAGGAGUGUCUUUUUUAGCUUUUUUUGUCUUAAUUUUUUCUUUUUAAUAAUAAAACAUUGAAUGUGCCGCAGGAGACAUCAUUUUGCAUGAAAACAAGGCAAGGGAUUGUAACCAUGGCCUAUGGUUUUUAAAUCUAGCAUUACAUGACAUAACUGAUGGGCAUACUUGCAAUGGUACAUCUUUUAAAAUAAAUAAUUUUCUGUAGUGACUA